CUCGGCACCGGGCGGCCACGGGCGGGCCUCGCAGGGGUUGUCUUCAGCUCGUAGGCCUACCAGGAUGGAGGGGAAUGCCGAAAUGGAGAUGCUGAGGACACUGAAGGGGCCCUCCACAGGAGAGGUCAACGUGCACCUGGUGGCCAGAGACAGCUCAGGUUCUGGCUCUCACCUGCCCACUACUGCCUUCAUCAUCCCAGCCAGCUCGGCCACCCUUGGCCUGCCCAGCAGUGCCCUAGACGUGUCCUGUUUUCCGCGGGAACCGAUCCAUGUGGGCGCUCCGGAGCGAGUGGCGGGCAGUGUACCUGUCACGGCCACCGUUCUGCCGCAGUUAAGCGCCGGGCCUGUGGCCAGCUCCAGCGCCACCACAGUGCGGCUCCUGGAGUGGACGGAGGCCGCGGCCCCGCCUCCUGGGAGCGGCCUGCGGUUCCGGAUAAGCGAGUACGCACCGCUGAACAUGGUAGGAGCAGAGCAGCCCCCGAGCCCAGAGCUGCGGCCAGAAGGUGUGGCCGAGUAUGAAGAUGGCGAGGCCCCGGCGGGAGGUGGCGAUGCGGGCACCCAACAGCCCGCGGACCUCCCCCAGGACCCUCCAGAAGAUCCCCCGCAGGACCCCCCAGAAGAUGAUGGGAACUGUCAGUGCCAGGAGUGUGGACCUCAGCAAAGCGCAGGUCCGGAUCCCGGUUCUUCCAAUGAUGACUGCCCACCGCUGUUCCAAGAGCGGUCAGUCAUAGUGGAGAACUCCGGCCAGAGCUCCAGCACCAGCGCUUCUGAACACCUCAAACCCAUGAAGAAGAGGAAGCGCAGGGAAUACCACAGCCCAUCAGAGGAGGAGUCAGAGCCAGAGGCCUUGGAGAAGCAAGAAGAAGGAAAGGAUCCAGAGGGACAGCCUGCUGCUAGCACCCCGGAAAGUGAGGAAUGGAACAGCAGCCAGCCUGCAUCAGGGGAGAAGAAGGAAGGCUGGUCGUGGGAGCCCUACCUGGAGGAGCAGAAGGCUGUCACCGCCCCUGUCAGCCUCUUCCAGGACUACCAGGCGGUCACUCAUAAUAAGAAUGGCUUCAGACUGGGCAUGAAGUUGGAAGGCAUCGACCCUCAACACCCGUCCAUGUACUUCAUCCUCACAGUGGCUGAGGUGUGUGGCUACCGCCUACGUCUACACUUCGAUGGGUAUUCCGAGUGCCAUGACUUCUGGAUCAAUGCCAACUCCCCUGACAUUCACCCCGCUGGCUGGUUUGAGAAGACUGGGCACAAACUGCAGCCCCCCAAAGGUUACAAGGAGGAGGAGUUCAGCUGGAGCCAGUACCUGCGCAGCACAAGAGCUCAGGCCGCCCCCAAGCACCUGUUUGUGAACCAGAGCCACGUGAGUGGCCCCGAGCAAAGUCCCCCACCCCUGGGCUUCCAGGUGGGCAUGAAGCUGGAAGCUGUUGACCGCAUGAACCCGUCCCUUGUCUGUGUGGCCAGUGUGACCGACGUGGUGGACAGCCGCUUCUUGGUGCACUUUGACAACUGGGAUGAUACUUACGACUACUGGUGUGAUCCCAGCAGCCCCUACAUCCACCCGGUGGGCUGGUGCCAGAAGCAAGGAAAGCCCCUCACCCCUCCACAAGACUACCCAGACCCUGACAGCUUCUGUUGGGAGAAAUAUCUGGAAGAAACCGGGGCCUCUGCUGUGCCUACCUGGGCCUUCAAGGUGCGACCCCCACACAGCUUCCUGGUCAACAUGAAGCUGGAGGCCGUGGACCGCAGGAACCCAGCCCUGAUUCGUGUGGCCAGCGUGGAGGAUGUGGAGGACCAUCGGAUAAAGCUCCACUUUGAUGGCUGGAGUCACGCCUAUGACUUCUGGAUUGACGCCGACCAUCCUGACAUCCACCCUGCAGGCUGGUGCUCCAAGACAGGGCAUCCUCUGCAGCCUCCUCUCCGACCCAGAGAGCCCAGCUCUGCCUCCCCUGGGGGCUGUCCCCCUCUCAGCUAUCGGAGCCUGCCACACACCAGGACCUCCAAGUACAACUUUCACCACCGGAAGUGCCCCACUCCUGGUUGUGAUGGUUCUGGUCACGUCACAGGCAAGUUCACAGCUCACCAUUGCCUCUCAGGCUGCCCACUGGCUGAGAGGAACCAGAAUCGGCUGAAGGCGGAGCUGUCCGACACGGAGGCCUCGGCCCGUAAGAGGAACCUCUCAGGCUUCUCCCUAAGGAAGAAGCCUCGCCAUCAUGGCCGGAUUGGACGCCCUCCAAAGUAUCGGAAGAUCCCGCAAGAAGAUUUCCCAACACUAGCUCCCGACGCCGUGCACCAGUCCCUCUUCACGUCAGCCCUGUCGGCCCGCCCUGACCGCUCGCUGUCGGUGUGCUGGGAGCAGCACUGCAAGCUCCUGCCGGGAGUGGCAGGCAUCUCGGCCUCAGCAGUUGCCAAGUGGACCAUUGACGAGGUCUUCAGCUUCGUUCAGACCCUGACUGGCUGUGAGGACCAGGCACGACUCUUCAAAGAUGAGGCGGACAUUGUGAAGAUCAUGAGCGUCAAGCUGGGCCCAGCCUUGAAGAUCUAUAACGCCAUUCUCAUGUUCAAAAACGCCGAUGACACCUUAAAAAGUGGGACACUCAAAGCUCUGUUGAUUUCCUGCCACAGUCCAGUAGGAGACCCUCUCUUACGUGGGGUCACACAGCUUUGUCAGCACAGCCAUUCAGCCACCCAGCUGAACUCCCACCUGGCUUCGGACAUUCCUUCCCUUCGGCCCCGAGAGGCAGCUCUGAGCACAGGCUUCCCGAGAGGAAAGUGGGCAGUCUCUGCCUCUGGCUGACACUCGGGUUUACGGAGGUUGCAUUGCCCCCUUGGCCAAGAGUAAGGAGGAGCGAGUCUGAGCCUCUCUGACUUGGUUGCUUGGGUGGUGGCAAAACUCACCAGCUCCUUGGCUUUGCUCCUCUUUGAAACUGAGGAGAGAUGCUCACUGGCUUUGUGGUGUGAAGAGGAGGCAGCAAGUGCUCACAGCUGUGCUGCGGGACCUCACCUGUCCUAGCGAGUAGGGCUGGGACAGCUUUGCCAUGUGGAUCUACCAACCACACUUCUAGUGCUUGCCCACAGGAAGGGCAAGGUGGACUUAGGGCCUUGAGAAAAGGACCCCCAGGCUCUGAACUUUGAGACCUCGGCACUUUCUGCACCAACGUCAGACUCUUUGGGAAAAAAAAAAAACAAAAAAACAUAAAAAGAAGGAAAGAAAUCUGCCCUACUGCCCCCUCACCCCCGUCCUGUCCCCAGACAAGAUCAUCGCACCUUGACCUGGGUGCCCAGUGAAGGGAGAGGGUUGGUGCCAGUGCCCAUGCUAUGUGCCUCUGCCCUGCUCUCCAGCAGCAGACACCGCUUACACUUUGGCCCCAGCAGCCGCGACCAGCCCUUGCCCAGCCCUGGCUUAGGGCGCUGAGGACCUUUCUGUUUAAUUUCUGAAGCAGAGAGAAUGAUCCCAGAGUUCGAAAAUGAAGCCUGUUUGCACUUUCAUUCACAUGCACUUUGGUGGAAUUGUUUUUGUACUUACCGUGUGUGUGUGUGUGUGCGUGUGCGUGUGCGUGUGCGUGCAUGUGUGUUCUUUAAGAGAAUCCUCUGGUUUAAGAUAAAAUGACUCUUGACUCUUGAGAGAGAAGAAGUUAAAACUGUGGUGUUUUGUCAGUGUAUUGAAACAACAUAAAUAAACUUGGAACAUCUGGAUGAUACAUA